ACGCGUCGUACAGGCAUUGGCCGCGUGUUUUCGCGUCGAAAGGGAGAAAAAUAGGGUUCCGCGUGAGAUCAUUCAUUUUCUCUCCUUUUCUCGAAAGCUAGGGUUUCUCUCUGUGGAGGCGAUAUCUCGUGCGACGCGACAGCCGGAGAAUUUCUCGAUCGAAUCGACGUCGGAGACUCUCGUAAACGAUCUCAGGUGAGUAUCAACUACUUUUACGGUUUCAUUGAAUCUAUUUGGGGUCGAAAGGGUUAUCGGUUAAUUGAAAAUCGAUUUGGGGGUUUUGAUGUAGGGUUCAAAAUCGAUAUGGGGGUUUCGAUUUAGGGUUAAUAAUCGCCAUGCGGGUUCCAUUUAGGGUUCGUUUCUCGAGGAUUUGAAAUCGAUUUGGGGGUUUCUACUUAGGGUUCCAAAUCGAGUUUGUGGUUACGCUUUACCGUUUAUUUUGUUAUAAUCUUUGCUUUUUCUGGUACAGAUGGAUCCCGCAUAAGAGAGAAGAGAGACAAAGAGGCAGACGGAGUUGAUCAACAUGCAAGGAUACGUGGCAGAUUCAGAAUACGGGAUUCCGACGAGGUGUCCCUGCGGAGGGAGAAUCAUUGACGAAGUUCGGGGGAAGGACGACUACGACACUCUUCCUGGGAAGCGGUUCUUCACCUGCAAAAACUACACGGCUGAUGGGUUUCAUUACCGUCAGCCUUGGGUGAUUGGUGUCCAGGAGCAUAUCGAACGUCUCACAAAGCGUCUUGAGGAGGUUGAGUUGGUGAUCAACGGACUCCCGGAGGUCAAUAAUCAGAUUGAGAGGCUGGAGGUAAUGUGACUUCCAUUUUUUUUGUUUAAAAUUUGUAAUAUUUUCCUUAAUUUUUUAUUAACGGACUAACAAUUUGUGAUUGUUUUUUCCAUGUCCAGGCAGAGGUUAAAGCCCUCAAUCGGGAGGUUGAUAACCUCACUGGGCAGGUUUAUAACCUCUCAGUGCAGGUUGCGCUCUUGGAGAACCUAUGCUUCGACUGAAAAAAAGGUAACACUUAAGCUUAAUCAAUUCGAGUGCUAGUUAUAGUUGACUUUGAACUGAACUAUGUGUACUAGGUUGAGAUGAAUUUGAAAUGAAUGUUGAUGAAUGGUUGAGUGUGAAGCCCGUGUACUUGUGUAGAUGAAUUUAAUCAAUUCGAGUGCUAGUUAUAGUUGAGUUGGUUGUGUAAUCAAUUCGACUGCUAGGUAGAGUUGAGUUAGAACUGAUUUGAUGUUUAUUGAAUACAGUCUGUGUAGUAGUUGUAGUUUUAAAAACUUUAAUCAAUGUUUGGUGGUUAGACCCACUUUAAUUUUUUGUCCUUUCAAGGUCAAAACUAGUUUAAAAUCAUAGGCAAUCUUCUUCUGAAAACACAAACCAAAGUUUAAACCCAUUUAUCUAAAAUCUAAAUGGAUCCUUUUAACUAUAACUCUCCCGGAUUGGUUAACCUACUAGUCUCUCAGAGCAGUCAAACCAUAGACUUAGGGUGUUCUGAGGUUCCUAAAGCGGCGUCAAAGCGUAAGUGGACAACCAAAGAAGACGUUGUCUUAAUCAGUGCUUGGUUGAACACCAGCAAGGAUCCAAUCGUGAGUAACGAGCAGAAGGCAGGCACGUUUUGGAAGCGCAUAGUGGAGUAUGUCAAUGCUAGUCCUCUGCUCAUUGGCUCCAUUCCUAGGGAGUGGAGUCAAUGUAAGCAGCGGUGGGGAAGGGUUAAUGAGCAGGUCUGCAAGUUUGUUGGAAGCCAUGAAGCCGCGCUGAAGGAGCAAGCGAGUGGGCAAAAUGAGAAUGAUGUCAUGAAGGCUGCCCAUGACAUCUUCUUUAACGACUAUCAUGUCAAGUUCAGUAUGGAACAUUGUUGGAGGGAGCUUAGGUUUGAUCAAAAAUGGAGAUCACAUUCAUUGUCGAAAGAUGGUGCAAAGGAGAAAAGGAAGGAACCGGCUGAGGAGGUUCCUGGGGACCAAGAUGUUAGGCCUCCUGGCGUUAAGGCUAGCAAAGCAGCGAAACGCAAGAAGCACACCAAUGAAGCAGCUUUUGAUCAGAUAGAGAGCAUAUUAGCUGCCAAAAAUACUAUAUCUAAACAGAAAAUCCUUGAUCGCUUGCUUGCAAAAUCUGAAGCUACACUUUCUCCACAAGAAGUGUCUCUUAAAAAUAAACUCAUUUCUGAAAUGCUUUGAUAGGGUCAGUAGGUUAAUUGCAUUUCAUAUGAACUUUUUCAGUUAAUUUUUUUGUUGGAUAAUGCUUGAUAUGAACUUGAUUGCAUUUGAAAUUUGCUGAAUAUGUUUUGGGUUUGCAGGUUUGCAGGUCACGGGUUGCGGUAGGUGGAUGCGUGCGUGUGGACGUGUUGUCAGUAGGUCUCAGCUUCUUUUGGUAUCAGGUCACGGGUUCUCUGUUUGAUUCACGGGUGAGUGUAGAAUUUUGAAUCUUUCUACACUUCUUUUAACUUCAUCGGCUUUACUGGGUGUAUGUACCCACAGGUUCUGUUUUCAACUCACGGGUGUAUGUACCCACGGGUUCUAUUUUGUACUCACGGGUGUAUGUACCCGAUCACAUUGUAAAAUAUGUCUCUUUAUAUAGUCUAUGUUUUCACUUAUGGAACUGCAACAACUCUUUCACUAUAAAUUGUUGUUUCUUCUCAACUAUCACCACUCUAGUAUUGAUUCUUCACUCUAGCAUUGAUUCUUCACUUUUGCAUUGAUUCCUCUCAAUUAUCACCACCCUUUCAUUCACUUCUCAACCAUCACCACGAUUUUUCUCAACCAUCACCACUUAACCUCGCAACUAUCACCACACCUUCAUACACUCCUCAACCAUCAGCACUUGCAUUGAUUCUCCACACUUGCGUUGUUCCUUGCAUUCAACCAAAAGAAAUCAAUCUUCAAUCCGUAGAUGUUAGUAAUGUUUUAUAAAUUUUUCAAAAAGUUAAGUUUAAUAAGUAGGAAAUUUAAACUAAAUUUAAGUUAUGGAAAUUUAAUAAGUUUAUAAAAAAAUUUAAGUUAUGGAAAUUAAAUAAGUUUAUAAAAAAAUUUAAGUUAUGGAAAUUAAAUAAAUUUUAGACAAGGAAAUAAAUGUAAUGUACUUAUAAGUUAUAUGUUAAUAAGUUUAUAAAAAAUUUAAGUUUUGGAAAUUUAAACUAAUAUUUUUAAAUUUAAGAAAAAAAUGAUAAAAGACAAGGAAAUAAAUGUAAUGUACUUAUAAAUCUCUUUUGCCUUUUAUAGGAAGUAAAUUGCUUCAACAAUGUCUUCCUCAUCAAGUGACGAAGUAGAUGAGUAUUUAGAAGAAAUGGUCGACGAAGUUGUUGAUAAUUUCAUCGAUUCAGUAGUUGAUGGUCAAGCUAACAACCCGAAGAGACGAGCUUAUAUCGAAAGAAAUCGGGAA